AUGCUACCGCAUUGGAGUUUCAUACUCGCGGGAGUCAGCGCUAUUUUGCCAGGUGCCUCUGCUCUACUUCGCUUUUCGUGCUCCCAGCUUGUCGUUGAAAGGCUCGACCCCUUAGUCAAUCCCGGCGUUGUCGGAUCGCCACAUCUUCAUCAGAUUAUCGGCGGAAAUGCCUUCAACCCGUCGAUGGAUCCAAAGACUAUGGAUAUCCCUAGCACAGCUACUUGCACGACCUGUACCUUUGCCGAAGACUUUUCUAAUUAUUGGACUGCCGUCAUGUUUUUCCGCGCACGAAAUGGGACGUAUAAGCGUGUUCCGCAAAAGGGUAAUGUUUACUUUGAAGAUUCGAACGGUGGUGGUAUGACGAUCUACUACAUACCGAGUUACCAGAACACAACUGUUACCGCAUUCAAACCUGGAUUCCGGAUGAUUACUGGUAACCCUACGAUACGCACCGAAGAAGAGGCAAUGAAAUUCCGCCAGCUCACAUACACCUGCCUUCAAGAUCCUAUGACGAGAACAAAUGAGACUCAUGACAUGCCAAAAGAGCCGUGCCCUGCGGGUAUCAUGGCAAACCUACGGUUUCCGACUUGCUGGGAUGGCGUCAACUUAGACUCUCCCGAUCACGCCAGCCACGUCUCGUAUCCCGAAAGUGGCACAUUCGAAGAAGGGGGCCCGUGUCCUUCGACGCAUCCCGUCAAGAUCCCCCAACUCUUUUACGAAAUCGUCUGGGACACUACUCCUUUCAACGACAAGUCCGAGUGGCCUGAGGACGGCUCGCAGCCAUUCGUAUGGAGCUACGGCGAUGCCACGGGCUUCGGUAAUCACGGUGAUUACAUGUUCGGUUGGAAGGGUGACGCGCUGCAAAUCGCGAUGGAUACGAACUGCAAUGGGUUCAAAUGCCCGGAGUUGCAAUACCAAGAGAUCAAAGAGGGGAAUAAAUGCUCAGUAAAGCCAGUGGUAGAUGAAGAUGUUGACGGGUGGCUCACGGAGCUUCCCGGUGGCAUGCCAGUCACCGAUGCUAGUGGGAAGCCUAUUUAUUAA